UUAUGCUAGGCACAGGGGAGAGGAGUUGGGUGGCUGUUAUGACCGCAGAAUUAGAGCCUGGUUUUUGAAGCUGUUGUCGGGUUCUUCUGCAAUGGAGUCAUGUACUUCGUUGAGCUUUUUCUCAACACUAUCAAAGCCUCCCUUAUUGUACGAUACUCGUAUUUCUCUAUCUUUAUACAAGAAUACAAGUAAUAGAAGAAAUUUGAGACCUUUAAUGGAAGUCUCUGGCUUCUCUUAUCAGAAAUUCAUUCACUUUGCUUUGGAUCAAACCAAACGCCGUACCCAUUUGGUUCCUUCUCCCCUCAAGGAUAAUUUCAGUUCCUCGAUUCCAAUGGAUGGAAAAACAGAGCUUAAGAUUUUAUCUUUCCAAGCUCCCAAGAUCAGACUCCUACGUAGUUUGUGUGUCGAAGGGAAUGAAACAAUGCAGGUUUUGGAUCUUGCUGUGUUCCCAAAACCAGAAUUUGAUCUACCUAUAUUCUGUGCCAAUUUUUUCAGCACUGCUAGCAUGAACAUAGUUGUGUUGGACCUUAACCCCUUGCAUGAUGUUAUUAGUCGAAAGGAUUACAAGGAGAAGUACUAUAAGAGCUUGAUGCCUCUUGGCCUCAAGUAUGCUGAGCUUUUACCUUGGGGAGGAAAGAUUACAAGUGAGUCACUGAGAUUUUUCUCACCAAUUGUAAUAUGGACCAAGUUUUGCCCAAGCCAAUACAACCAUAAUGUCUUAUAUUCUGCAUUCAUGGAUUACUACAAGGCAUGGCUUGACCUGAUGGAACAAGCUUCGGAGGAGACCAGUGCUUCUGAAAUUAUAUGCAAUUGUGAAGCACAACAUAGGUAUCUAACCUGGAGAGCGGAGAAGGAUCCAGGUCAUCGAGUUCUGAAAAAGUUGAUUGGGGAGGCUCAUUCAAAGGACUUGGUGAAGAACUUCCUCUUCAAUGGAGUUGAUGAAUUAGGAAGCAAAACAUUUUUGGAUUACUUUCCAGAGUACCAGUGCGAGGAUGGGACUGUAAAUGACAAACGCAGUAUCAUUGGGAAAUCAUUUGAACAUCGCCCUUGGGAUGUGAGUGGAGAAUUUGUCGGUAACAGCUUUAGUUAGAAAAUAUGUGGUAAUAUCUUUGCAUCUAUAUCUUAUUUUCAUUCUCAAAUGCAGCCUCCACCACUUUCUUAUCUCCCAAACUUCUUGACUUGAUUUGUUUUAUUUGCUGUUCUGUGUAUCAUAUUGAACAUAUCCUAUCACCAAUGGGGGUUGGUCCAUGUGGAAAGGGACUUGGGUCGCUUGAGUAAAGGUCUCAAGUUCAAGCCUUUGUGGAUGCAUCACACCCCCUUGGGAGAGGACCCCUCAUAUGCGUCUGGCAGCUUCCUCGGCGGAUAAGUCCUGGGUCCAAAAAAACCUGGGGAUACCGUGGGAGACCUAAAAAAAAAAAAAAAAAGACGUAUCCUAUCAAACUUACAUUUGUGUGCAAUGAAAGACUGAUUGUAUUUC